AGUUUUUAUUCUAUCCGAAACAAUUACUGUUUUAAAAUCUACCGCUCUCUUUUCGUUGUCUUUUUCCGUUUUUACAUUCGUUUGAGAGCAAUGUCUCGCAUUUUUGCUGAUGUGACGUCCGCAUCCAAGUGCGCCGUGUUGUUUCCCAAGACUAUUGCGGCGUGUGAGGAGCUCGUCAAGGCGGCGAAGGCGCGCACUGAGCAAUCGCUCAGCAAGAUCUACGAAAUCAGCGCAGCAGAUCGUACAUACGACAACACAGCAAAAACAUUCGACGUUGCGGCAACAGAGCUGGAUGUCUCUGCCAGUCUGCUCUCCGUUGUUGCAAGUGUCUCUCCCAGCAAAGAACUCCGCGAUGAGGCGACAAAGCAGGUUGUGGAGCUGGAGAGCUUCGCCAUCGACAGCUUCGAGUCGAACCGCCGCCUCUACUCCGCGCUCAAGGAGGUGUGCGCCGCCCCUGCGUACAAUGCGGUGUACGGAAGUGGAAAGGCUCCCCGGGAAUACACGUACUGGAUGGAGGAGCAGCUGGCUCACUAUCGCCGCAAGGGUAUGGAGCUGCCGGAGGAAGAGUUCCAGAAGGUGGUCCAACUCCAGAAGGAGCUUGCGGCGCUGUGCACAAAGUUUCAGCAGAACAUCAGCGAGGACAAGACAGAGGUGCACUUUAAGCCGGAGGAGCUGAAGGGCGUGCCGGAAAACAUUGUAUCGGCACUGCAGCGUAACGGCGAGGGUGAGUACAUCCUGAAGAUGGACUAUCCCACGUAUUUUGGGGUGAUGAAGAACUGUGAGGUUGCGUCGACGCGUCAGGGGAUGGCGCGCAUGUUCAACAACCGCGCCUACCCGGUGAACGAUGCGGCGCUGAAGGAGAUCAUCGAGAAGCGGCACCAGCUUGCGAUACUGCUGGGGUACCCGUCGUUUGCGCACCUGUACAUCUCCGACAAGAUGGCGAAGACACCGGAGACGGCGCAGACGUUCGUGGACGAGCUAAUCCCGAAGCUGCAGAAGAAAUGGGCGACAGAGGCAGAGCUCAUCAAGAAGCACCUGCACCCCAGCUGCUCGCUGUCGGCGAACGGCGAGAUUGAGGCGUACGACAUCCCCUUCAUGAUCAACCAGAUCAAGAAGACACUGCUGAACGUGAGCGAGACGGAGAUCCAGGAGUACUUCCCGAUGGACGUGACGGUUAAAGCGCUGUUUGACAUUUACCAGGCGUUCUUCGACGUGACGUUCAGUCAAAUCGACAACGGGUCGGAGCUAUGGCACAGUGACACGAAGACGCUAGAGGUGAAGGAGAACAAGAGCGGCUGUGUCCUGGGGUACAUCAUUCUGGACCUCUUCCCUCGUGAAGGCAAGUAUUCUCAUGCGUGCUGCCACUCCGUCGUUCCUCCUGUGCUGCUUCCAAUUGAGGGUUCGCAGUUCUCGCCGGCUCUCGCGGUGGUGAUCGCGAAUUUUCCGGCUUCCACGGCAGAGCGUCCUGCGCUCUUCUUGCAUGAUGACGUAGAGACUUUCUUCCAUGAGUUUGGCCACGCCAUUCACGGGUUGAUGGGACGCACCCGCAUGACAACUUUUGCCGGAACACGGGUGAAGCGCGACUUUGUGGAGUUGCCGUCGCAGAUGCUGGAGGAAUGGCUGUGGGAACCUGAGAUUCUGCAGAAGAUCACGAGUCACUACAAGACGAAAGAGCCACUGCCGCGCUCCUUGAUCGACGCAAAGGUGGCGUCUAAGAAUGCGUUCAGCGGUCGUGACAUGUUGCGCCAGUUGCAAUUUGCCACGUAUUCUCUUCACAUUUUUGGCCUCCCGUUCUCUGAGCAGCCACAGGAGAAGCUGAAUACCACGCAGCUGUUCUACGACAUUGAGCCGCGUGUGAUGCCGGGCAUGAACUAUGAGCACGACACCCACUUUGAGAGCGCUUUCGGACAUCUGACCGGUUACGGCGCCGGUUAUUAUGGAUACAUGUGGUCGAAGGUGUUCGCCCUUGAUGUUUUUGAGUACAUCCGCUCCCACAACGGCUUGCUUGACCCUAAGUUGGGCAAUCGCUAUGUGGAUUGCAUCAUCGGUGUCGGUGGCAGUCAGGAUCCGAAUGACAUGCUCGCGCGGUUUUUGGGCCGCAAGCCGAACAGCGAGGCGUUUUUGCGAAGCAUCGGUGUCUGA